UUUGAAAUUCCUGCACCGGAAUUGAAAUUUCGACUUCCUGUUUGGAAAUACAAAUAUCCAGCGCCGGUGCUUUCAUUCACUUCAGCGUGCCUGCCCUGAGUGACAGCUAUGCUGACCCCACAGAAGGAAGGGAUGCCCAGCAUGAUAGACAGGGCGCUGAGGAUGAGGAGGGAGGAGCAGGCGAGGCAGAUCGUCCUCGCCUGGGCAGUUCUUAACGUGUCCCUAGCUGGCAUGAUUUACACUGAAAUGUCCGGGAAGCUGCUGAGUAGGUACUAUAACAUCACCUACUGGCCCAUCUGGUACAUCGAACUUGUUCUGGCUUCGCUCUUCAGUCUCAAUGCUCUGUUUGACUUCUGGAAGUAUUUUAAAUACACAAUGUCUCCGUCCACUAUUGCUGUUACCCCUCAGCAGCAUAACCUUCUGGGUUUAAGGAACACAAAUAUCCAGGCUUCUCCUCCCCAAAAGCCAGAAAAGAAAGAGGCUCCAGCUCCAGAUCAGACUUCCCCACUUCAGGGGCAGAGCGUGCUGAGCUUCAGUCCAUCCCGUCCAGCUUCAAGCAGCCCUAAGUUCUCCCCCAGCUGUACAGCUGGGUACAGCCCUCCUCUGGGAAGUCCAUCCCCAUCAGGCAGUGCAGGAGGACCUUUUACCCCCUCAGUGGCCUUUGGAAAGGUGCUGAACUACAGUCCAUCUUCGGGCUCUUCACCCUACCAGAAUACUAUUGGGCAAGCUGAAGGCUCUAGCUUGAGAGCUCGAUAUCGAACAUCUCCCUCUGUGUUUAAUUCCCCUGGAAGCAAAGAGGACUACAUGGAGGAUCUGAAAAGUCUGGAAAGGUUUCUGCGUUCUGAAGAGGAGAAAAGCCAUCGCAGUCACCUAGGCAGCCCAGAGUCUGUGUCUCCUAACCACAGCCCUACUUUCUGGAACUACAACCGUUCUGUGGGCGAUUACGCACAGAGCCUGAGGAAAUUCCUGUACCAGCCGGCGUGCCGCUCUCAGGCGCCGUCUGCCCACAAGGAUGAGGCGGACCUGGGUUCCAAACAUGCUGCAGAAGAGGUUUGGGCCAGGAUCACCACCAGUCGUGCAGUGGUGGACCGUAUCGACAGCUGGACAGCUAAGCUUAGAAACUGGAUCAGUGACACCAUCUUGGUCCCUCUGGUCAAAGAGAUCGACAAUGUGAACAGUCAGCUGAGGAGGAUGGGCUGUCCGGAGCUUCAGAUCGGAGAGGCCAGCAUUAGCAGUCUGAGACAGGCAGCAGUGAUGAAAGCCUCAUUAAUCCCCACCCUGACCUCUAUUGUUCAAUACUUGGACAUUACACCCAACCAGGAAUAUCUAGUGGAUCGCAUCAAAGAGCUAUCUCACAGUGGCUGCAUGAGCUCUUUUCGCUGGAACGGUGGCGGUGAUCUGAAGAACAGGAAGUGGGACACGGAUCUCCCGACUGACUGUGCUAUCCUCAUGCAUGUGUUUUGCACAUAUUUGGACUCCAGACUGCCCCCACAUCCCAAAUAUCCAGACGGGAAGACUUUUACUUCCCAGCACUUCAGCCACACUCCUGACAAACCUGAUGUUACCAAAGAGAACCUCUUCUGCAUUCACCAAAGCAGCACCACGCCCCCUCACUACCAGCUGAUAUACCAAGGCCAUAUCUACAGUCUUCCUAAGGGAAGGAAUAACCUGUUUCACACGAUCCUCAUGUUCCUCUAUGUCAUUAAGACCAAGGAGUCAGGAAUGCUGGGGAGGGUGAAUCUGGGUCUCUCCGGUGUGAACAUCCUCUGGAUUUUUGAAAACUGAUGCAAUGUUUUAAAAGACACAAGCAGCUGCUAAGGAUGAGUUUUUUUGUUUUGUUUUUUCUUCUGCAAUGCAGUGAUCAGUUUAACUCUUUUAGGGUCACACGACAAACAGCUGUUUGCUCCGAAGAGAGAACUGCAUGCACAUCUAUGGACAUUUCCUCUGCUGGAUGAAUGCUGUGUUCACAGUUUCAGAGCACAUUUCUGUUACUUUUAGUCCUGAGGAUGCAGUUUUUAUUUCCUUUUUCUGAUUGAGAAUGUAUCCGCAUGGCAGCCUUGUAAAUUAUAUACCUCAAAUUAUAACUGAAUGACAACAAAACUCAGUUAGAGGAAUGUAAAUAUUUUUCUUGGAAACAUCUGCAAACUGUCAUUUGUAUUCUCCUUUUUUUAAAUAUCACUGCUCAGACUGUCAUCACAAUCUAGCCCCUUUGUUUACAUUAUUAAUAAAGGAGUAUAAGGAUGCAGGAAAUUAUGGAGAAAUGUGCUUUGGACAACUGUUAAGUGACCUUUUAGGUGUUUUUAAUAAAGAACCACAUUUUUUUCAAAGUUCUCGCCUUUAUACCUUGUGAGGUUCCUUUAUUCAAACAUUUCUUGUGACGUGUGUCGAUUAAUUCACUAGAACAAAAGUAAAAAUGCUAUUAUCAGUUUAUGUAUUUCAAUACCACUCUCAUCCGCAUGGUGGCAGUGUCGCUCUCUUUAUGAUUUGACCUUACUGCUGUACCAAUUGUGCCAUCGCAGAUACCCUGGUGUUUUGUUUUGAUGAUCUCUU